AGACAAUAUAAAUAUGGGCAUGGCAAGAAGCUGUGGAUCAUAAGAAAAGAAAUUGAAUAUGGAUAGGGAAGCUAAAAAUAAAAUCCUCAUAUUUGGAGGAACCGGCUACUUAGGCACAUACAUGGUGAAGGCAAGCAUCAAGUUAGGGCAUCCAACUUUUGUUUUUGCUCGCCCUAUCACCCCACAAUCUACUCUCAACAAGAUAAACUUGCAUGAAGAGUUUGAGUCUGUUGGUGUCACCAUCAUCCAGGGGGAGUUGAAGGAACAUGAAAAGAUUGUGGCAAUACUUCGUCAAGUAGAUAUUGUGAUCUCAUUGUUACCAUUCCCUCAAGUACCUGAUCAGAUUCAUAUUAUUGAAGCCAUUAAGGUUGCAGGUAACAUAAAGAGGUUCCUUCCGUCUGAAUUCGGGGUCGAAGAAGACCGGCUGAGUUUUCUGCCACCGUUUGAAGCUUGUUUAGACGAGAAGCGAAAGGUUAGAAGGGCAGUGGAAGCAAGUGGGAUACCUUACACGUAUGUAUCUGCAAAUUGUUUUGGUGCUUACUUUUUGAAUUACUUGCUUCGUCCACAUGAACAACAGGAAGAUGUUAUUAUCUAUGGAUCUGGUGAAGCCAAGGCUCCGUUUACUUAUGAAGAAGAUAUAGCAAACUACACCAUCAGAGUAGCAAAUGAUCCAAGAACAUGCAAUAAAAUAGUGAUUUAUAAGAUGCAGAAGAAUAUUUUGUCCCAGAUUGAAUUAAUUUCGUUGUGGGAGAAGAAAACAGGUAAAUAUUUCAAGAAGGUUCAUGUACCAGAGGAAGAACUUGUGAAACUGACAGAGACCUUACCAUUUCCGGAUAAUGUACGGGCAUCGGUUCUUCACGGUCUAUUUGUAAAAGGUGAUCUUGCGAACUAUGAGCUUGGGGAAAAUGACCUUGAAGCUUCUAGUUUAUACCCAGAUUCUAAGUAUACCACCAUCGAUCAACUUCUCGAUGUUUUCCUGGUUGAUCCACCUAAGCCUGCUCUUGCUACAUUUUGAAUCAGACUUGAUUUUUAUCAUUUUCAUCACCUCCCUACCUGCUAAAACAUGUACGUAUGCAUGCGUGCGCGUGUGUAUAUAUAUUUCCAAUGUCUACUAAGAAUAUAUCUGUAGAGGAAAGUCAUUCCCAUGUACGCCUUUUCUUAUUAAUCCACACUAGAGCAACCAUAUGAACAUGAAAUACUAUCCAAGUUCAAAGAGUUCACUAAUUUACUCAAAUAAUAAGCAGAAACAAGUGCAUUGGUAUCAAUUCGUACUAUUAUCAGGACCCGAAAGGGGGAAAAACUCGGAUGAUUAUUUGAAUUCGAAAGAAUUGCUGCCCUAAUGCUUCUGGUAGCAUUCAUACAAGCGAAAGCUCUCCAGCGGGAAUUGAUCUUUUGACAAGUUUAGCCCAAGACUCGUUGGUCUCUGUAAUAACCUUAAGA